CAAUUAGAGGAGAAAAGUGAAGAUGAAGAAGACAAAGAAUGCCUGAAACAAGCCAUAACUGCUCUUCUUAACCUCCAGAGCAGUAUGGAAAGGAUUUGUUCAAAAUCACUUGCGAAAAGAAGGCUGAGUGAGUCUGCCUGUCGUUUUUAUAAUCAACAAAUGAAAAGCAAACACCUUGCAAUCAAGAAAAUGAAUGAAAUCCAGAAAAAUAUUGAUGGCUGGGAAGGCAAAGACAUUGGACAGUGCUGCAAUGAAUUUAUAAUGGAAGGCACACUGACACGUGUGGGUGCAAAACAUGAAAGGCACAUAUUCCUAUUUGAUGGCUUGAUGAUUUGCUGUAAAUCAAAUCAUGGUCAGCCUAGGUUGCCUGGUGGAAGCUAUGCAGAAUAUCGUCUCAAAGAGAAGUUUUUCAUGCGUAAGGUACAGAUCAAUGACAAAGAUGACACUAAUGAGUACAAACAUGCUUUUGAAGUUAUCUUGAAGGAUGAAAACGGUGUAAUUUUUGCUGCUAAAUCAGCAGAGGAAAAGAAUAAUUGGAUGGCAGCUUUAAUUUCUUUACAAUAUCGUAGUACACUGGAGAGGAUGUUGGAUACCACUAUGCUACAGGAGGAGAAAGAGGAGCCGCUUAGGCUCCCAAGUCCUGAAGUAUACAGGUUUGCUGAGCCAGAUUCUGAGGAGAACAUUGUGUUUGAGGAGAAUGUGCAAUCUAAAUCGGGAAUUCCUAUUAUCAAAGCUGGAACUGUUACAAAACUGAUCGAGCGGCUUACUUACCAUAUGUAUGCAGACCCAAACUUUGUUAGGACAUUCCUCACAACAUAUCGGUCCUUCUGCAAACCCCGGGAGUUGCUAGGCCUUUUAAUUGAAAGAUUUGAGAUUCCAGAGCCAGAGCCUACAGAAGCUGAUCGGAAGGCAAUGGAGCAUGGUGAUCAGCCUCUCAGUGCAGAAUUAAAACGUUUUAGGAAAGAAUAUGUUCAACCUGUGCAACUUCG